AGCCUGUUUUCUUCCCCUUUACUGGGUUCCAAGAGAAAUGGUUUGCGCGUUGGCUUUGCUAUGUCGGGUUUCUUCCUCCUCUCGUCAAACUCCAAAAACAGCACAUUGCCUCGAGGAAAACCACCGUACAGCAAAUCCAUCCAUCCAUCUUCGGGCGGUCUCAUCAACCCUCCAAUCUGUUGAGCAGCAGCGUCCCCGCAGUUCGAGAUAUUUGCUCCACGAAAUCACGCAGGAUACUGAACUUGCAAGCAGCAUCUUUUACCACUCACAGCACUACGAUAAGAAAAACCACAUGCAUGCCCACAUUCUUCCCCCAGAUGCCAUACAUGCAUCCCAUUGCGGCCUGAUGCCACGAGGUGCAGCCACCGGACAUCCAUCAACAUGUAUGGAACUCUCGCCAGACAAAAGGACUCUCCCAUUCCCGAGUAUAUCCGCGCUUCUCUAGCUCGAGAAAUAAUGACCCCCACGGUGCUCGCUAGCUGUUCAUUGUCCAGUCAUCUAGGUGCCCGCUCCUACUACCACUUUUAGCUCGAAAUAAUCCAUGUCCGUGAUUGCCACCUAGCUGCUUACUGCUGGGGACAAUACGAGAC